UCACCGCUCGCCCCCCAGCAAUUCAUUUUUUUUGUGUUACGUAACCAGUCGGGUUGAGGAACCAUCGGAUUCAGUGGCCAUUGAGAUAUCAACGUUGUCUCAUAUAUUCGAGUCGUCAGACAUCACCAACAAUCAACGUCAAAAUGUUCGCCUGCACUCGAUUUAUUGCCCCAAUCGCCAGGUCGGCUAUCGUUGCGAGUAGCAAAACUUACUUGCGUCCUCUCAGCAGUGCUGUGAUCAAUCAGAGCCAGAGUCUCCAGGAGAGCCAAAGGCAGACUCCAGUUUGUUUGUCGCCAGUUAUCCGCAACUUCCAGACCUCAGCCAUUAGUCGUGACAUUGACUCGGCUGCCAAAUUCAUUGGGGCUGGUGCUGCCACAGUCGGAGUCGCUGGAUCUGGUGCUGGAAUUGGAUCCGUAUUCGGCUCACUGAUCAUCGGUUAUGCCAGGAAUCCAUCUCUGAAGCAACAGCUUUUCUCAUACGCCAUUCUGGGCUUUGCCCUGUCCGAGGCCAUGGGUCUCUUCUGUCUUAUGAUGGCUUUCUUGCUCCUGUUCGCCUUCUAAGCCGUUGAAACAACAUCCUCCAUAACGAAUUACCGAUAGUUUUAGUGCGUCACUGCCAAGGCAGCGUCCAUUCUCGCUUGAAACAAUAGUAAGAAUGCUGCUGUCUCUGGUCCACGGGAGCCCAUGAAAUCAUUAAGGAUGCAGUUACGAAUUAUCAACACGAUAAAUAAGGAAUAAUAGUCAAUGAAUAAAUCCACUUGGCAAGAUUGGUUCGAUCGGGGCUCGCGACGGUGCAGCUCAUCUGUUAUUUCUUUUCAUUUAACGCAUUAAGGACAUCAAAACGAGGCUGUAACACACUGAAUUUAAUAAAUGACAAAAAAUAAUAUCGAUGCCACGACAGUUCUAUGAUUUUAUUCUAAAUCAUAAGGAAAACCGUCACGUUCACCGUUCUAACCACUUGGGGCCUCCGAGCUCGUAAUUAUUUCAUGGCCUACCGAAUGAAAAAUCAUGUAGCGUUACUCACAAUUGUUAUUCAAGUAUAAGAAGAAAUUGAACAAGAAAUGAAUUUCAUUGUAUUGAAAGAAUCGAGAAUAGAAGGUUACUGAAAAUUGUUCAUAAGAAUAUCGAUUUUCAAACAGCCUCAUUACAAUUGCUAUCAAUUAUUACCAAUUGGAUACGUACGUUCCCCAGAGUAAUCGGAAUAAUGUUAUUGUCCUGAUGAAUCUGCACCAGCUCACGCAUCAUACGUCUUAUCAAUUGUUUGAAGGAUUUUUUAGAUCAUUGAAAUGAA